CUUCUAUCACUAAUAAUGAUGGAUGAUCAACUAGCACAUUGGAUUAUCACACGUUGUGUAGAAUUUACCAAAAGUUCUUCAACUUCAUACGAUCCACGAGUUCAGGUAACAACAAUCCAGACACUGAAUGGAAUGUUAUCAUCUUGGUACCCAGAUGAUUUGCUAGAGGUUCUUUACCAAUAUGGUACAUUGGACAAUUUCUUCAAUGAUUUUAUACCCUCACUAGAGCUAAAUCAUACACAACUGCUAUGCCAGUACUCGUAUCAGACAAGAGGACUACCCGUGGUAAAGCAUGAUGGAUCAGCCAUGUUUGUUAUUACAAAAGAUAUUACUGAGUUUCUUCCUGUUCAACAUGUAUGCUGCGAUUUAGAUAAGGAGAUUAGGGAAGUGACAACUAAUAUGGCAAUGACAAACGAAUCCUACGUACAUCGCAAUGAGAUCCGAAGUAAACUCAAUACUAUGUUGAAUAAUAGCUGGUUUAAUAGAGGAUUGCAGGUAUCAACAUUUGGAUCCACAGCUACGGGGCUGGGUACGGACAAUGCGGAUCUUGAUUUAUGCAUUUCUGGACCUUGCUUUCAACCCCUGGAUGACCCUAUCAAGCUGAAAAAAACAGAAGGAUCCAUUUACAAUAUGACAUUUUUGGCCAGAAAAUUACGCAAAAUUGGCAUGAGACAAGUGAAGCCCAUUACAGCAGCCCAUGUCCCCAUCUGUAAAUUUCGGGAUCCUCGAUUCAAAAUCAACUGCGAUAUCAAUACCAAUAAUCUCCACGGCAUUGAAAAUACAAACAUGAUUAUUCAAUAUAUGCACUUAGACACGCGUAUACGACCCGUUUUGUUUGCUCUCAAGUUAUUUAUAGAAGCCAAAGAGAUUAAUAACACGCGAAGAGGAUUUUUGAAUAGCUACGCGUUUAUUCUAAUAGCGUUGCAUUAUUUAAUGUAUGUACAAGAGCCACCUGUAAUCCCUUGUCUUCAGAAUUUAUCGCUUAAAUCAUGUAUCACUGGUACUUGCAACAACAACGAGAAAAGGACGAUCCAAGGUCGUGAUGUGCGUUAUCAUAGCUGUAUACGUGUUGUAAAUACCAUGGCACCUCAGUUUGAUAGUAAAACCGUGUCUCAAGAUAAUAAUCCUACUCUCUGGUAUGGGAAAAAUACUAAAAAUGUAGGCGACCUUAUACUCGAAUUAUUUGCAUGGAUGUCGAACCCAUUUAAUUUAGUUAAGCCCAUGUCAUUGACAAUUAAUGGGCAUGUGCAUUUACCUUGGGGAUGGAAGGGAAGUCAAGUGGUUUUUCCCGAUCCCUUUGAUCCUGACAGGAACAUCGCGCGAUCCUGCACUUCAGCAGGAGUUGAAACAAUCUCACAAGAAUUUAAAUUGGCGUGUGAUACAUUAAACAAAGGGCUGAAGUUUAUGGACGUGUUGAAACCAAACAAUUAUGCCACAUAGAAACCUAAAAAAAAUUAUUCCC